CCCGGCGGGAGCGGGACUGCGCGGCGGCUGCGAGGCGCCUUCUUCUCCUUCUCGUCUCCCCUGCUCCCGGGGUCAGACAUGGAAGAUGGAUCUAAUUCUGCCAGCUGCUUCAGGAGGUUUACGGACUGUUUCCUGAACACAAGUUUAACAGAUGAAAAAGUGAAGGCCUAUCUUUCCCUUCAUCCCCAGGUACUGGAUGAGUUUGUGUCAGAAAGCGUAAGUGCGGAAACUGUUGAAAAAUGGCUAAAAAGAAAAAACAACAGACAGGAAGAUGAAUCGACUCCUAAAGAAGUCAGCAGGUAUCAGGAUACGAAUAUGCAAGGUGUAGUGUAUGAAUUGAACAGCUACAUAGAGCAGCGCCUGGAUACAGGAGGAGAUAACCAACUACUUUUAUAUGAACUGAGCAGCAUCAUUAAAAUAGCUACGAAAGCUGAUGGAUUUGCACUAUAUUUCCUGGGAGAAUGCAAUAAUAGUCUGUGUGUAUUUACGCCACCAGGAGCUAAAGAAGGACAACCGCGUCUCAUUCCUGCAGGGCCCAUUGCACAUGGCACUACAGUAUCUGCUUAUGUAGCCAGAUCCAGAAAAACGUUGUUAGUAGAAGAUAUUCUGGGGGAUGAGCGAUUUCCCAAAGGUACUGGACUGGAAUCAGGGACUCGUAUCCAAUCUGUUCUUUGUUUACCAAUUGUCACUGCAAUUGGUGAUCUGAUUGGUAUCCUGGAGCUUUAUCGUCACUGGGGCAAAGAAGCCUUCCAUCUUAGUCACCAAGAGGUUGCAACAGCAAAUCUUGCAUGGGCUUCGGUAGCAAUACAUCAAGUACAAGUGUGUAGAGGUCUUGCCAAACAGACUGAACUGAAUGACUUCUUGCUUGAUGUAUCGAAAACGUAUUUUGAUAAUAUAGUUGCAAUAGAUUCUCUACUUGAACAUAUAAUGAUAUAUGCAAAAAACCUGGUGAAUGCAGAUAGGUGUGCACUCUUCCAGGUUGACCACAAAAAUAAGGAGCUGUACUCAGAUCUUUUUGAUAUUGGAGAAGAAAAUGAUGGGAAACCUGUUUUUAAGAAGACCAAAGAAAUAAGAUUUUCUAUAGAAAAAGGAAUAGCUGGUCAAGUGGCAAGAACUGGGGAAGUCCUUAACAUCCCUGAUGCCUAUGCAGAUCCACGCUUUAACAGAGAAGUAGACCUCUAUACGGGCUACACAACCAGAAAUAUCCUGUGCAUGCCUAUUGUGAGCCGAGGAAGUGUAAUAGGCGUUGUGCAGAUGGUGAACAAAAUAAGUGGAAGUGCCUUCUCUAAAACUGAUGAGAACAACUUUAAAAUGUUUGCAGUCUUCUGUGCUUUAGCCUUACACUGUGCUAACAUGUACCACAGAAUUCGCCAUUCAGAGUGUAUUUACCGUGUAACAAUGGAGAAGCUAUCAUACCACAGUGUUUGUACUGCAGAAGAGUGGCAAAACCUCAUGCACUGUACACUGCCUCCACAUAUUUAUAAAGAAAUUGAACUGUACCACUUCGACAUCAGUCCAUAUGAGGAUGUCUGGCCUGCCAUUUUUGUCUACAUGGUUCACCAGUCCUGUGGGACGGCCUGCUUUGAACUUGAAAAGCUCUGCCGAUUUACUAUGUCUGUGAAGAAGAACUAUCGUCGUGUGCCCUAUCACAACUGGAAGCAUGCAGUUACAGUUGCACAUUGCAUGUAUGCCAUACUUCAGAACAACCAGGGGCUCUUCACUGAUCUGGAGCGGAAAGGUCUUUUAGUUGCAUGCCUAUGUCAUGACCUGGAUCACAGAGGUUACAGCAACAGCUACCUUCAGAAGUUUGAUCACCCUCUAGCUGCUCUCUAUUCCACAUCAACAAUGGAACAGCACCACUUCUCACAAACUGUGUCCAUCCUGCAGCUGGAAGGGCACAAUGUCUUUUCCAAUCUGAGCUCCAGUGAAUAUGAGCAAGUACUUGAGAUCAUCCGGAAAGCCAUCAUUGCCACGGACCUUGCCCUGUAUUUUGGAAAUAGAAAACAGCUUGAAGAACUACAUCAGGCAGGAGCAUUAAACCUUAAGAACCAAGCACACAGAGACAGAGUGAUUGGACUGAUGAUGACUGCUUGUGAUUUGUGUUCUGUAACAAAACUGUGGCCAGUUACCAGACUGACAGCCAAUGACAUAUAUGCUGAGUUCUGGGCUGAGGGCGAUGAAAUGAAAAAGACAGGUAUUCAACCCAUUCCUAUGAUGGACAGAGACAAGAAGGAUGAAGUCCCUCAGGGUCAAAUUGGAUUCUACAAUGCUGUAGCCAUCCCAUGUUACACCACACUUGCACAAAUCUUUCCUCCAACUGGGCCACUACUACGAGCAUGCAGGGACAAUCUCAACCAGUGGGAGAAAGUAACGAGAGGUGAAGAAGCCUCUAUAUGGAUUACUUCCCAGUCCAUUGCUCCUGGAACCUCAGAUUCACUUCCCGUGAAGACUGAUGACUGAACAGCAGCAACAGAUUGCUUUAACCCUGAAAGAAUCCAUUUGGGAGUUGUUUUGUUUUUGUUUUGUUUUGUUGUUUUGUUUUGUUUGUUUUUGUUUAUUUUUUGUUUUGUUUUGUUUUUAUUUGACAAAGGAAAAAGAAAAGCUACAAAAUGCUAACUAGGAAGCAAAUCUGCCUAUGAAGGUAACACCCAUGGUGUUGCCUCAGCUAAAUGACUCUGGCAGCCAAUCUCCUGAUAUACACCAGUGACACAACAUGAACAGAGGGAAAAUGACACCCAGAUGUUUCGCAAUCAGCUAUUAAAAGAGAACUAGCAACUUGUGAAAAUAAAAGACUGGCCUUAACUCAUGGGCUACAUUGCUGAGGCCUUAAUUUAAAACUGAUGGGGGGAAAAAUCUUAGGGGGUACUUCUAAAUUGUAUCUUUCUAGUAAGGGUUUCAAUGGUACUUUUAUUAUAUUGUACUGUGGCUGGCUUUAACACCAGUGUCACUUGGGAGUUCUUGGCUAUAAAUAGAACAAUAUACACAUUGCUAUUGUGAAUGUUUAUGUGUGAUCUACUUGUAAUCAGUUUGAACUCCAGCAGAAUCCUUGGAGACUAUAAUUCAUGCUAAGGUUAUGGUGAAUUCUCUUGCUGCAAACAAAAGGAAAACAACAUUCAGAUUCAAGGUUUACAGUACUUCAUGAAGUUCAUGAUGCAAAUUGUCUGUCACCCACAAGGCAAACGUAAAGAACUAGACAACUCCUCCCUUUAAACACUGGAAUUGCUGGAUGUUUAUUUCCAAUGAGGAAAGCAAUAUAGGCAUAGUUCUGGUUGGAGUUUUCGUAUCCAUAGGGGCAGAAGCCUCAGAUUAAAAUGUAAAUGUGACAGCAAAGAUUUUUCCUUGCCUAGCUUACCGAUAACUAAAGUCAAAAUAUUUAUUUCUACCUGCUGAGUUAUAUUCUAAAAGGUAUUAGAAACAUACCUAAAGUAUGCUAUCUGCUGGAAACAAAAGCCCUGUCAGAAAAGUCAAGCCUCAGAAGAGGAACUGUGGUACCAUCACAAUAAAUCAAAAAAAGUUUUUGUAUAGACUAGCUUUUGUGUUGCACAGUAACACUGCAUGUCUUCUACUGUUCUUUCCCCCAUCCUAAGAUGAGUGAAAUUGGGAAGCUUUUCCCUUUUUUGUUUGCUUUUUUUUCCCUUAGUUCAGCAAAAUGUCAAGACUUGGAACUGCCUUUCUCAGCAAAAGAAUAGCUGACAGAAGAAAACUACUCUAAAAUACUGUGUUUACAGUUCUGUGCUUCAGUUAGGCUUCAGCCUUAAUAUUUUAUGCACAGACUUUAGGACCUUACAUUUAAUGCCACUCUUUUGAACUUAGUGCAAUUGUACAGAGUACGUUUCAAGAAACACUUAUUUUGCCUUCAUCUUUCUCUUGAAAAUAAUGAAAAAAAUCUUCGUAUUGAUCCACACGGUAGGUCGCAACAUGAUCUUUGUAUACGUUUCACGUACAGCCCAUACUGCAUUAUGUGCUUUUUCACAGAUAAAACACUCUUGUGGUGAUUCUGUGAUAACACAUCCAUUUGUGUAACUGUUAAUAGUAGUGACAAAGACAGAGCGUAAGUUCUCUUCUCAUGUCUCUUGAGCUGUAUUGUUCUAAUUAGCAUGCCAUCUUCUGGGUUUCAUUUUGGUGACUUGAACUCUUGAGUUUUGCCUUCUGUUAUGGUCGAGCACAUACCAGUGUAUGUACGUGUGUACAGUAUGUGAUGCAUAAGAUGCAUAAUCACAUAAUGUAUAAAUGCACCUAAGCCUUUGCAGUACAUAGAUAUUCCAGAAGUUGGAAAUUCAAUAUUAAAUUAUAUCAUUUGUUUAAUACAAGUUACCUAGCAGCAGCCCUAUAGUUCUUUUCAGUUGUGUAACCAAUUCUAAGAGCAGAAAUUCACUGUUAACCACAGUAAAUUAAUUUGAGUAAUAAAAAAGGCAGGAAACAACGACGUAGGACGGUAUCUCAUACUGUGUCCUCUUCUUUACUCCUUAGCAGUUCUGCUUUAAUGAAAUCUUGCAGAUGCAGUCUUUCGUCUGCUAAGUACUUGAGAUGUAGUGAAUGGUUCCUAAUUCACAUUGAAGUCAUCUAAAAAUGUAGUGACCACAAAAAUAUUUUCCAAAAUUCAGACACCCCAGCAACUGAACUGAACAUUUUUUCUUGGUGAGUUAUUUGCUGUUAUUCUGCCUCUUCUUUGAAUGCUGAACUUACAACUUUUGCAAAAAAAUAGUUCUGAUCACACUGUGUCUGUGUUAAGGAGUUCUUAAUCCAUCUUUCAGUCCUUGUCAGCAGCAAAGACAAUUUUGCUAGUUCUGCCACCUACUAUUCCAAAUAUUUCACUGUAUCAUUCAGUUCUACAUGUUGAAGUUUAUAAGUACUGAUCAGAAGAUACUUCCCUAACAAAUUUAUCAAAUUGGCAAUAAGUUGUACUUAUUGUCUCAAGUCAACCACAUGAUUUUUCUAAUACAGAACUCUCCAGACCACUGAAAAUGUGUGUUUGUUAGAGUAUAAUGUCUGUUAGAAUUAAAAACUUUGGCUCCAGCGGUUGUGAUUUGCUUUCCUGGUAACUGUGACAAAAAAUUUGUUUUUGUUAGCAGCUAAACUAACAAAAUUAACCAUAGUGGCCUGUAUUUUCUAAGCAAAUUCAGCCUUAGCAUGUAAAGAGUACAGAUUCAGGCAUGCCCAUUUUUUUUUUGUAGAAAAAGGACUUAAAUCUGUACUCCCAAAGUCAAAAUCAACAAAAAUCACAAUUUUGAAGUUGGAUUUAAAUUUACAGCUCAAGUACAUUUGAGUUUUGUUUGAGGUUUAAUACACUGACAUUUAAUUGUUCAGACUUCAGCAAUCUGGCUGAUUAAACUAAACAUCCAAAAGCUAUUUUUAUCCUGCUAAAACCUAAUGAUAUAUAAAAUGAAUUAAAAAAACUGACAGAGCUUUUUUUUUUUUUUUUUUUUCCCCUAGAAGUGCUAGACUUUGUACUUCCAGAACAGCAUUAUUUUUAUUAGUGGUUUGGAUUGUUUUUUUGCUUCUAGUCCAGGACAAGUAAAAGGACUAAUUGAGAAAGGCCAAAUCUGAGAAUUUCUAAUCUGUAGUGAAAUGAUGCCUAAAAGGUAUGCACUGAGAAAAAUAGUUGACUUAGCAUGAUAUUCAUCUGAGAUGUUGCAUAUUUUAUUAGAUCAGUGACAGAAACACCACUGUUAUAUUUUAGUCCACAAAGUUUGUAAUGUAGUAUGUAGUUUAGUUAUUCCAUUAGCGAAAAAUACAGUAGUGUUUUUAGUGGGACUAUGUGCUAGAGUGUAUUCACAUUGGAGGGAACAUGCAGUGUGGAAUUCAUCUUUUUACGUGACACAGUCUUGUUUCAUGUGUUUAAACUUGGAACAGUGUGAUGCAUUUGCUAUGACUGCAUUUAGGCCAUGUAGUGUUAAAAUUGUAGGGACUGCAGACAGCACCAUUCACGUUCAGAUAGGGAUUGUCAGAUGUUCAGAACAAUUAUGACCCUCUUAAAAUAAUGCAUUUGCCUCUAACACUGUGACACAGGAGCAGUUCUGUGAAGUGGUACAAAUUGUUUCUUCAUUCUGAACACAGAAGAGACUUUCUGCACACUACUAUAAGGAAGUUCACAUUCAAACUUUAGGUUAUAUAUCCCAAUCCAGCAAAGGCACAUCACAACUCUUAUUUUGCUCUCUGACCAAAAACUGUGCUCGAUUGUAAUACGGGUGUAUACUCUGUCAAAAUACCUAAAACUAUGGACUGCUUUCUAGGAUAGGUCAAACUGAUUUGUAGAGUAGAUUCAUAUAUAUUCAAAAUUCAGGUUGGGCUGUUAUGUGGAGAAGAAAGAACUUCAAGGUAACAUUCAACUUUAAUACAUUCAGUGAGCUGAAAGAUUUGUUUUAUAUAUAUAUAUAUUUACACACACACACAUAUAUAUAUAUAUGAUACAUAUAAACUAUCUUUGUAAAAAAGAAAAACAAAAAAUAUGCAAGUGCAAUAAUUUAAAGAGGUCUUAACUUUGCAUUUAUAAAUUAUAAAUACUGUACAUGGUGUGUAAUUUUUUUCAUGUAUUCAUUUGCAGUCUUUGUAUUUAAAAACAAACCUAAACCUUUACUAUUACGUUUGUACAAUAGAACAGUAAGCAUUUAUUAUGAUAUAGUUAAGUUGUAAAUAAAUCACAAACCAAACAGCCAGUACAUAUGCAUAUAUGGGUGUCCUAUUGUGAAACCUGUUUUUGCUUUUACUGCUGACUUUAGCACAGCAAGACUACUUCUGUGGAUAUGUAAUUAUACAUAUAAAUAUAUGUAUGAUACAUAAAAUAUAUUUAGAAAUGUUCAUAAUUUUAAUGGAUAUAUCUAUACAUAUUCUUUGGUGUGAAUAUUACUGAAUACAGAGUUUUUUUUAAUAUUAUUUUUCAUGUUUAUUUUGGCUAUUAUUGGGAAUGGAAGUGAGGUAUGGGAAGUGUGUGUGUGUAUGUGUGUGUGUGUAUGCACACGUUUGAUUUGGAGGAAACCACAGGAGAAAUGCAAUCAAAACAUAAUGGAGUCCUCUAACGAGGUGGUGUCUGCUUUUUUCCUGUAAUUGCAGUUUACUGCUUAUGGUAUGUUUUUCCAAUAUAAAUCCAUUGUUUUUAUAUGUUA